AUGGCGAAAACGGCCGCUCUAUGCAAAUUGCAUGGCGUUCUGGCAGGAGCACACCCGGGACUGCCUGAUAUCCAAGGAUUUGGUCGGCGCGAGAUGGAUCUUUCGCUCGAGGAGCACACGGCCAACACAGUAUACCAAGUCAGCGCUCUGCAAGGGUUUUUUCAACGACAGGGCCUCACGCUGCACCAUGUGAAGCCGCAUGGUAAACUCUACGGCAUGAUGGUGCGCGACCUGGACAUCGCACGUGCGGUUUGGGCCGGCGUGCCUAAAGGUGUCAAAGUCUUCGGACUUGCAGGUACACAUAUGGAGACGGCCGCCUUAGAAGCCGGGCUGGAAUUUUGGGCAGAAUACUACGCCGAUGUCAAGUAUCGCGCGGACAGUACCUUAAUAGUGGACCGCAUAAAGAAGCCAUGGGAUUUGGACGACCUCAAAGCGCAUGUCAAACAACAGUGCGAAGAGAGCAAGGCCACCGCCGUGACCGGUGAGGUGAUCGACCUCCCAGUCAAGGCUUAUCCGGUCACCAUAUGCUGUCACUCGGACGCGCCCGGCUGUUUGGAGGUGAUCAAGGCGACUCGGGUCAUUGUGGAUGAGGUCAAUAGAAGCAACGGGCUGUAG